AUGGUGGAACAACGGGUCACAGACGGAGAUCUUAAAAAUACAAAACCAAUUGAAGCUCCAAAAAUUUCAUUUGGUGUCAAAAGAAAAGAAGAGAAAAAACUUCAAACAGCUCCGAAAGCAGUAAUUGACGUUGAAGUUGACAGUGACGAAGAACGAGAAAGAGAUGAAGCUGAACGCGAAGCAAAACGCCGAAAACUCACCCAUUUCGAUGAUGGGGCUAUUGUUGGCGAGGAAGAUAGGAAAAAAGAAGUUGUCGUUAUUCCAAUGGUCGUCGAACAUGAUUGGAGAACUCAAAAAUUACUUGAUAAGGAAAAAGAAGGAACUUUAACCGACGAAGAACGUGCGAAACUCGCUUUGUUAAAUUUGUCGAGUUCCGAUGAAGUUGGAGAAUCAGCAAAUGGUGCCGCCAAAAUCGUAGUUGACGAGAAUUCAGAAAAACCCAAUGUAGAAGAUGCCGAUUAUUCAGCAGUUUCUAUCGAACAAUUUGGUCUCGCGAUUUUGAGGGGCUGCAAUUGGAAAGACGGCGACGGAAUCGGCAAAAAUCCUCAGAAAGUGACUGUUAAACUUCCUGCGCGGCGACCACAUGGUUUGGGUCUCGGCGCGACUCCAAAAGCUCCAUCGAAUGGAAAAGCGAAAGCAGGCGAUUCGAAAAAAGAGGAAGCUGUUGGAGAGAUCAAUGCGGGGAGUUGCAUCAAAAUCAUCGAUGGAAGACAUAAGGGAACUUAUGGAAAAGUUGAAGCUCGCGAUGAUGACAGCAAUAGUUUUUUCAUACGAACUGCAAUUGGUUCGAAAUCCAUUAAAGUUAGUCAAUUUGUGGUUGAAGCCGUCACCUCCAAAGAAUAUGAACGAGAUUCAAAGUGUCUAAAUAAGGCAAAUUAUGAUCGGGAGAGGCAGAAAAUCGAGGAACGAAAUAGCAAAUAUGAAUCGAAAACUGAAAAAUAUCAGAGUAAAGCUUCAUCAUCGAAAAAGUAUGAGGAUGAGCCGAAAAGGAGCGAAGAAUUGUGGGCUCGAACCGAUUUACUCGUCCGUUUCGUUGAUCCUGAUUAUAAGCACGGAAAAUUGUUCAAACAAAAAGUGAGAAUUGUCGAUGUCGCUGGUCGACGAGAUAUCACAAUUGAAGACGAUCGACGAAACACUUACUACCAGAUCAGGCAAUCCUGGCUUGAAACGGUGAUUCCGAGGAAUAUUGGCGACAAGAUAAUGAUUGUUGGUGGUAAACGGAAAGGAAAACUCGGAGUUAUGCUAGAUAAAGACAAGGAAAAAGAAAAAGUGACUGUGAAGUUGCCGGUGACUGAUGAGGUUGUGAAAGCUUACUUUGAAGACGUCUGCGCAGUGAGUAUACGAAAUGAAGAUGAUUACGAUUAG